ACCUCACUCCUCCCGGAGAGCUGCAUGACUGCGACUGGAAAUCGAAGAGGAAUGAUCGUUUCUCUCACCUCCGACUGGAUUUAAAGUCGUUUCUAGUCAUAUUUACCGCUUCUUCACCCUACUACUGGGACAGUUUCGAAAAGAGUUUCGUUUUUUCUUAUGUCUGUAAGUAGAAAUCCCUGACUUCACCUGUUGCCCAUGCAGGGAUGUUGGAGCAGAAGUUAGUCUAACCUCAACAGAUCGUUGCCUCGACGCCGCUCAACUGUUUCUAGUGUGUUAUCGGGGGAUUGCGGGCAUGGAUCUGAGAGCAGAGACGUCCUCCGCCUCCUCCCAGCAGGUCCACCCCGGGGCGGCCGCCUCCAUCCCGGUGUCAAUGCACGCCGGCGGCCUGCUGCGCGGCCCGCCGCUGUUGCUGCGCGCCGCGGACAAGUACCCGCGCACCCCCAAGUGCGCCCGCUGCAGGAACCACGGCGUGGUGUCGGCCCUCAAGGGCCACAAGCGCUACUGCCGCUGGAAGGACUGCAUGUGCGCCAAGUGCACGCUGAUCGCGGAGCGGCAGCGCGUCAUGGCUGCGCAGGUGGCGCUGCGGCGGCAGCAGGCGCAGGAGGAGAACGAGGCCCGGGAGCUGCAGCUGCUGUACGGCACGGCCGAGGGCCUGGCCCUGGCCGCCGCCAACGGCAUCAUCCCGCCCCGACCCGGGUACGAGGUGUUCGCCGCCGUCAACGGCGAGAGCAACUCCGAUUCCAGUCUUCAGAAGUACGAGCUGUUCCCAAAGGGCCACCUGUCCGGAUCGUCCACCCCGCAGCAGUCUGCGGGGAAGCCUGCGGAGAGCGACUCCGGCCCGGGCCUCUCCUCCCCGGACGGCCGGCGCGGAGCGGGCUCCGGCUCCGAGAACGGCGACAGUGAAUCCGUCAGCUCCCCAGUGCCCAAGCCCUUAAAAGACGGAGAAGAAACCCCUGGAUCCAACAGCUCCCUCGCCUCGGAUUCCGGCUCCGAGACCGACAAGGACGAUCCGCAGGAUCCGUCCGCGUCCUGCGCGGCCUCCCGGCACAUGCACGCCAUCGACAUCCUCACCCGGGUGUUUCCCAGCCACAAGCGCAGCGUGCUGGAGCUGGUGCUGCAGGGCUGCGGCAAGGACGUGGUGCAGGCCAUCGAGCAGAUCCUCAACAACGGCGGCGCCUCCAGCAAGCCCGGGCCGGAGGAGACGUGGUCGGCGGAGAGGAUGCUGCACAACGCGCAGCAUCCUCCUCCAGCAUCCUCGGCCUCCACCGUCUCCACGCGGCCGCUGCUCCCCGGGGCCAUGGCGCUCAGCAGCCGCUCCGCCUUCUCCCCCCUGCAGCCCAACGGGCCGCCCUUCGGCGGGGAGCCCGGCUCCUACCUGGGCUCCCACCUGGGACUCAACCCGCUGCGCCUCGCGUACUCCGCGCACAGCCGCGGACUGGCCUUCAUGACGCCCUACUCCACCGCCGGCCUCAUGCCCACCCUGGGCUUCAGGCCUCCGGUCGACUACGCGUUCAGCGACCUCAUCAGGGACAGGACAAUGUUGCACAAGGAGCAGAGUUACAGCGGCCUGUACGGCCCGCUGGUGAACAACACGCCGGACAAACCGUGAAGGCUGAAUUAGGGCCGUAGGCUCUGCGUUGGUGUAACGCGGAACCAUAAAUCAGUCUUGAGCAGUACUCGAGUUGUAAAAGAAAAUCAGGGGGGGAUGGUGGAUUUUAUCAUAUUGGGACAGAUAAUUUGUGCUGAUUGCAAAUAAUAAAAUAUAUUACAAAUAAUAGCACUGACCAAAACACCUGCAGAAAUACUGCAGGAAUGACAUAGCAGCAGUUAAAUGCAGCCUUCUGUAAGCUUUAAAUAUCC